CUUAUUUAUAAACAAAAGAGACAUGGCCCAGUCACAGUGAGGUGCGCACUGUCACGUUGUCAGCACCUUGUGACAAAUCACCAACAUGUUAGGGACCAAAAUAAUUCUAAUACUGCCUCUGGUAGUCGCUGUGACUUUCGGCCAGGUGAACAGAGGCUACCAGUACUAUGGAACAUCGAACGUUCGAGACCAGAGGCCCCAACCGAUUUAUGGAAGUCGGCCAUUACUGUUACCGAUGAGACCCGUCCUGCAACACGUGGCUCCUGCCCCUGCAGUACCUGCUGCCCCGGCACCUGUGGUCACUGCAGCCCCUGCCCCCGUGGCGCCCAUAGCCCCUGCGCCUGUUGCACCUGUAGCCCCCACAGUAUCAGAACCUGCAGUUCCUGCGCCUGCCGCCUCCGUACCUCCGUACUAUGCUCCAGUUUACCGUCCACGACCUCCUCUAUACACGCCUGGAUACCGGCCCCUUCUCCCUCCGCGUCCAAUCAGGCCUGUACCGCCACCUACACAAACAGCUCCUGUUGCUGUUCCCGAACCCGCUUCAGUGGUGGAGUCUGAACCCGUGAUUCAGCCACAGCCCGCACCCGCCCCACAACCUGAGCCUGAGCCGCAGCCCCAGCCAGUCCCACAACCCGAGCCAGUCUCACAACCUGAACUCGUUCAAGUGCCUGAACCCGCCCCACAACCUGAACCCGUUCAAGUGCCUGAACCCGCCCCACAACCUGAACCCGUUCAAGUGCUUGAACCCGCUCCACAACCUGAACCCGUUCUAAUGCCCGAACGCGACCCACAACCUGAACCAAUUCAACUGCCUGAACCCGCCCCACAACCAGAACCUAUUCAACUGCCUGAACCCGCCCCACAAACUGAACCCGUUCUACUGCCCGAACCCGCCCCUCAAGCUGAACAGCCAGAGUCAGUACAGCAACCUCAAUAUGUCCUACAACCUAGACCCGUCGUACAACCUCAACCCGUUGUACAACCUCAACCUAUCCCGCAACCUGAACCUGUUCAACAACCUGAACCCGUCUUGCAGCCAGAACCCGUCCCUGAACCUGCCCCUCAACCUGAACCUCUCCCACAACCCGAACCUGCUCCGCAACCUGAACCCGCACCCGUUGUACAAUAUGAGCCUGUAAUUUCUGCACAGCCCGAGCCCGUUCCGCAACCUAUACCGGUUGUACAACCAGAGCCCGUCCUAGUUCCUGAGAGGGAACCGCAAGUUAUUCCCGUUCCGGCUCCUGUUCAGGCGAUGCCACUGCCCAUUCCACAACCACCCCCAAGACCGCAACCUAAGCCAGUUAUAUCCCGCCAACCAACCAUCGCAGCUCCAGUUGCUCCAGCGCCUUCUGCUCCGCUGGUAGCUUUACCGCCACUUCUUCCAAAACCAAAACCGAUUCGGGAGCCAGCUUUUGGUCGGCACCCCCAGCCCUCAAUUUCACCUGAUUAUUAUACAACUCCCUCAUAUCCUAGAUCUUCAUCAGCACAUCCUAGAUAUUCAUCAGCACCCUACCCACCAGCCACACACCCAGCAGUCGUUGUCACUGAAAAUCCUUACCCUGCUGUAACGAGACCAACUGGAAACUUGAAAAUUGAUUUCCAAUGUAAAGAUGGGAAUGGAUUCUACUCCGUUCAAAAUGAAUGCGACACCUAUAUUGAAUGCAAGGGAGACAGAGCAAUUAAAUACUCCUGCCCUGACGGUCUUCACUUCAACCCUGCUGCCAAACACUACGAAUACCCUUGCGCUUAUCCCUCGGAAGUGCAAUGCGUAGCAGGUGCUGCAGAACAGAGUCCAAAGCCGACUGAAAAAUGUCCAAACCAAUAUGGCUACUACGCAAUGAACGACGGCGACUGCAGCAAAUUUAUCAUGUGCCAAGAAGGCUUAGCAACUAUUAAGGACUGCCCUAUGGGUCUGGUUUUCAACGAACAAAGUAGCAGCUGUGACUGGCCUGCUAAUGUGCCACAGUGCAACCCUAAUGCGUUCAAGGACUUCACUUGCCCAGCCCCACCCCAAGACGAGUAUGGACAAAUUUCUGACAUCAUUUAUCACUACAGGUAUGGUGGAAACUGUAAAUUGUACGUAGCCUGCCAGUUGGGACACCCUCGACUCUUGAGCUGCGACCGAGGACUUUCCUUUGAUGAGGCGUCGCAGUCCUGUAUUAAUGAGGAUUUAGUCACAGAUUGUUCAGUUCCCUACUGAAACUUACAACAAUAAUUAAAUGAAUCAAAAUAAAUGCCAAAAGGCUUACAAUAAUAA